AUGCUCGAGCAGUACAGUGACCAUCCGUUGGCACGGCAGAAGAUCGUCCUCGUUUCACCGGGCUACGUCGCCCUCGAGAUCCAGCGGCUCUGUUUUAAGGAGAUCGAGUGGCCCAGUGUCUUCGCAAAGCGAACGCCACCCCGUGACGUGGCGGUCAAGCACGAGAGAGAAAAGGCGAAGGCGCAGAAACAGAGGGCUCGUGCACAAAGGAGUGUGUCCACACCGGUGGUGAGCAGUGGAAGUCCUCCACCGAAUGUGCAUCCGAAGCUGUUGAAUAUGGUGCCCACGUGGAAUGUGAAUACGGCCAUGAUGAGGGCUUCUGGCGGGGUUGGCUUCCGAGUUGCCCUAGAUCGUGCUGCAUUGGAGACUUUGGAAGAGGUGGAGACAAUCGAGGUUCCUGAGGACAUUGAUUGA